AUGGUGGCUGUCUAACAGAGGUGAUCGACCAGUGGAUGAGGAGUUGCUCUGGGCGACCAACCUGGAGAGAGCUGGCUGGUCAUCUCCAUAAUAUCAGAGAGGAACAACUGUCACAAGAACUCAUGACUAUCUACGAUACUGGUCGUCUCCCAGUAGAAUUGAACAUAAAGGCAGUACCAAGUACUGUGUACAAGUAUGACCGAGCCCCUCCCCCUCCCCUCCCCUCUCGAGCACCCACAACGACAGAUGACAGUCCCGGACUACCAAAGCUUCCCUCACGUCCCCCUAAAACAGCUGGUGCGGCAAUGGUUCCAGCCCGCCCCCCUAAACCAGCCCAUAACAACGAACCCCCGGCACCUCCACGCCCGUCCAAACAAUACACCAAGCACUAGUGCCCUUCUCCUGCUUGGAGAGCUGAGUGGUGUGAGUGGGUGUGGUGACCGAGUGUCCUCCCUCCUCCCCCUCUGUGCCGAGACUCUACGACACAAACACUACCCUCAACACAUCAACUUCCUGGAGACACUGCUCAAACUGUUGCCAGUGUUUGCCAAGUCUCUGGGUAAGAGAGUGUUCAAGAGACACCUCGAGCUAUUUCUGGACUCCAUCUUCUAUGGACUGAGCAGUGACAAUGCCCUGGUGCAGUCUGCUGGAGUGGACUGUCUCACUUCACUCUGUCAGCUGCUGGGGAAAAUGAUCCUUAGAGGGAGAAUAGAACAACACAAUCCAACGUAUCUGGACAAGUUUGACAGAACAGUAACUGUUGUAUAGCUGCUCUUAAUAUUAUUGUUUAGCUAAUAUAAAUGAACAGAUGCGCUAUUAAUUCUUAUUAUUAUAAAUCAUGAUGAAUAGACCAUAAUUCGUCAGUACAUUCUUCAGUGCAUGCAUGUAUGUUAGCCUCGAUCCCAGGCCGAGUUUUCGCUUUUAUAACGGUUAGGCGAACAACUGGGCCUGGUACUAGUUGUCUGCGCAUGCGUCAGUCGUUCGUCAGAUUCUGACGAAUGGAUAUUCUCGUUCACUUUCGUGACAUUUAUAUUCGUGUACUAUCGUGUACUAGAAGUCAGUUCCCGUUUUAUCAUUAUUGGAAUGGCUCUUAGCUGAAGCUUCUCUCUUCUCUGAAGCUUAGAAAACAUUAUUCUGAAGACUGAACAACAAGGGAAAAGGUAUAAAGCUUUGUCAAGCUUGUUAAGGUCAGAUAUUUUUGUGUGGGCCCUAUGCUAUCAUGUCAAGUCGUGUUCAUGUUUGGUAUUAAAAGAUCUAUAGUAUCAUCAUUAAUAUGGUGGAUCAAGUGAAGAGUGUGAGCUAGAGAACUUGGUGCUGCCAUCAUCAGCUCGUCGACAAUGACACUAUAACCUGUUUAAUACGAGAAAUUUAAUAUGUACAUGUAUACAGUAGAUCUACACGUAUUUUGAAUGUCUACUUCUCUGUACAGGAGCAAUGGCUACUAUCCAGCUAUCCCAACAUUGUUCCUCUUGGCCAUACUAACGGACAAGACUGGACAGUUUAAGGACUGGAGUAUGACCUGAUCGUUCGAGUGUUGCUGGGUAGCUCAGAGGCAUCAAGAGAAUCUACGUUUUCUCAAGCAAAGUUUAACUGAGUUACAAGUUGGGGCCUAGAAUCAGAGAAGUCCAGCAGCCUGCUAAAUCGUUGAAACGUAAUUUGAAGGCAUUCAAUCAUCUUGAAGUUGCCCUGGGUCACUGUAAUCGUGCUGCAGCACAACUGGCAACUCCCCAGGCCCUUGUGAAGCAGCUCCCUAUGUGCAUCUUUUGUGUACUCACUCUGUGCAUUUUCUGUGUACAAAUUUCAAUUAUUGAUUUAUUAAAUAUC